AUUAUAGUUCUGAAUUAAAUGAAUAUAUAAGAAUGGCUUUGAAACUGAAAACAACACACAAUCUAGCAAAACAAACGCAUAUUUUGAUAAGAAAGUAUUCAAAAAUUACUACCCAUUAUACAAUCCAUCCUAGAGAAAAAGACCCAAGAUGGAAAGACAUAAGCAUGGAGCGAUUCACAGACGAGACAGACAUUCUUAUAGUAGGAGGAGGACCAGCAGGUAUGAGUGCUGCUAUUCGUGCAAAGCAACUUGCUGAAAAAGAUGGAAAGGAGCUUAGAGUUUGCUUAGUCGAGAAAGCUUCUGAAAUUGGUGGCCAUAUUCUUUCUGGAGCAGUGAUACAACCGGAAGCAUUAGAUGAAUUAAUACCUGAUUGGAAAGAAAAGGGAGCACCACUAAAAACUCCUGUAACCGAAGAUUCGUUUGGUUUCUUAACGGCUAAUAGAAGAUUUAAUAUACCAAUUUUCAAAGGGCUGCCGAUGAGCAAUCAUGGUAACUACAUAGUACGUUUAGGACAUGUAGUCAAAUGGCUUGGAGAGCAAGCAGAAGCAUUAGGCGUUGAAACUUACCCAGGCUAUGCGGCAUCUGAAAUAUUAUUUCACCCGGAUGGUAGUGUUAAAGGAAUAGCAACAAACGAUGUUGGAAUAGCCAAAGAUGGCAGCCCUAAAGACACUUUUGAGAGAGGCAUGGAACUACAUGCCAAAUGUACAAUUUUUGCAGAAGGUUGCCAUGGACAUUUAUCUAAACAAAUUAUAAACAAAUUCAAUCUUAGAAGUAAUGCUGAGUCUCAAACAUAUGGAAUAGGAUUGAAAGAAAUAUGGGAAAUAGAUCCAGCGAAACAUGUACCUGGUCGAGUUGAACACACAUUUGGUUGGCCUCUGGACAUCCAUACUUACGGCGGUUCUUUUCUCUAUCAUUUAAAUGAAAGUACCCCGCUUAUUGCUGUAGGAUUUGUAGUUGGAUUAGAUUACAGCAAUCCUUAUUUAAGUCCGUUCAGGGAAUUUCAAAGAUUUAAGCACCAUCCAUCAGUUAAACACUACUUCGAAGGCGGUAACAGAAUCGCGUAUGGUGCUCGAGCUUUAGUAGAAGGCGGAUUCCAGAGUAUACCGAAACUCACUUUCCCUGGAGGAUGUUUAGUCGGAGAUUCCGCAGGAUUUAUUAACGUUCCUAAAGUAAAAGGCACGCACAAUGCCAUGAAAAGUGGUAUGUUAGCAGCGGAAAGUGCUUACGAAGCAUUGAACAGUGAGAAGCAAGAAACUGAAGGUUACGAGCCGAAAUCGUAUGAAGAUAAAUUUAAGAAGAGCUGGAUUUGGAAUGAACUUAAGGCCGUUAGAAAUAUCAGACCUAGCUUCCAUAAUCCGUUAGGAUUGUAUGGUGGCUUAAUACAUAGUGGAAUUUCUAUUAUACUAGGUGGAAGGGAACCAUGGACUCUAAAACACGGAACUCCAGAUCAUCAAAGACUGAAACCAGCCAAAGAAUGCAAGCCAAUAGAAUAUCCUAAACCUGAUGGUAAAAUCAGUUUUGAUCUUUUAUCGUCCGUCUCUCUUACUGGUACCAAUCAUGAAGGUGACCAACCAGCACAUUUGACCCUUUUAGAUGAUUCAGUGCCUAUAGACACAAAUCUGGCAAUUUACGACGGUCCAGAAGGAAGAUUUUGCCCUGCAGGAGUCUAUGAGUAUGUACCACUUGAAUCUGGAGAUGGAAUGAAAUUACAAAUAAAUGCACAAAACUGUAUACACUGUAAAACCUGCGAUAUCAAAGAUCCUAAACAGAAUAUUAAUUGGGUUGUUCCAGAAGGAGGCGGAGGACCAGCUUACAAUGGAAUGUAAACAGCCAAAAACCUAAAAUAAUAUUUAGUAAUUCAAAUCUAAAAAUGACACCAAAAGACCAAUUAAAAAAAGGUAGCUGUUAUUAAAUCGAUAAUUUUUAUAUACUAAUACAAAAAACUACUUUAAAAGAGACAUCUAUAAGUAUACCAAUGGAUUAAUAAAAUUUAUUAAGUGUUCCAAAAAAUAUUUUAUAUCAGAAGUAUAUUACUAAUUGUGGAUUUUAUUUGUUGCACUAGGUGUAUGUUUUCUGCAUUAAUCGCAUUUGAUUUGUUCAAUGUAGCUUCAAAUAUUUGACACAUACUUGAGUAUAGCAUAUUCUUCUGACAAGAAUGACAGUUCGAGUGUGACACUAGUGACAUAAAUAAAAUCUGUUAUAAAUGAUAUUUUAUUUUGUGCAAACGUAAUUUUCUACUAUUUGCAUUUUAAAACGUAUAUAAUAUUUUUUAUAUUUGUAUAUUUGUAGAGAAAUUAUUAUGAAAUGUGAAUUGUAAAUAAAAAAUUUAUUCAAAUAAAUAUUUAUUUUGU